AUGGGUUGUCUCCCCUGAAUAACGCGAUCGUCGAUAAACGAACCCUGUCUCGGAACACAAGCAAGGACGUGUGGGCGUUUUAUUGAAGUUAUAAACAAACUUCGAAAGCUUCAACAAUGAUUCAGUCAUUGCUGUAAGGAGGCAUGUCAUAAAGGAAGUUGAAAUAAUCACCCCAAGGAUCUAUGGACAGUUUUAGAGUUAUGGAAAAUCAAGAUGAGGCUCCUGAAUUCCAGCUGAGCAACAGCACUGACAGAUUUGCAGACAAGACAAAGAAUGUCUUUGGCUAUCUCUCUGUACUGGAAGUAAAACAUGAGGAACAUCAGAAGGCUCAUCAGACAUCUUAUGAUGAUCUUCUGAAGAAAGAUCCCAAUGAAGAUGAUACAAGAACAAUAGAGAAAACUGCCAAGUAUAAACAUCAUGAAGAGCAGCAUGAUCUACACAAAGACAAACCAUACAACCGCUCACAACACAGAAGUUAUGGCAGACCAUGGCGUACACAAGGUCAAGAUAGAGAUUUUAAAUGUCCUUCAAAAUCAUUUUCACGCCGCAGAGGUCAUAGACAUAAUGCCCCAGAUUAUAAACUUCAUCCAGACAGAUGGACAGCCUACUCUUUAGAUGAUGUGUCCAACUCUGACAUGUCUGAUUCCUCUAACGCACAAGCAGCAUUCAAGUUCUUAGAUGAGAGGAAAAAAAUUAGAGAACUUGAAGCACAUUCUGAAGGAGAUGCACCUGCUGACCUGGAUGAGACUGCCUGCUCCAAGAUGGCAAUAAAGUUUGUGAGGCGCCAAGACAGGAAGGGGCAGAAAAUUAAUUCACAGAGCUGUAGCACUAGUAGUCAGAAGGAGGUGGCUCUGCCGGAUGUAGAGGAGAUAGAAAAUGAAGAUGAUGUUGCUGAAGUUGGUGAAAAAGACAUGAAUGAAAAAGUUUCAUUUAAGAGAAAACGAGGAAAUAAAAAGAAUUUUCGUUCACGCACAAGUCAUGAGGAAGUGAAGGGUGAUCAAAAUGACCUCGACAUGAUUAACUAAGACUCAGUUGAUAUUACCCAUAUUAAGAAAAACAUGAGAUGAAUUCUGUUUAUCAUUUUCAAAUAACUGCUUCUCUUUUAUGAAAUAAAAGUAUCAAAAUUAACAUCAGACACUUUUGAAAUCAUAUCUAUCGAUUGUAAUGUUACAUGUGUUACCUUUUUGGCAUAUUUAUUCACUCAGGAAAUGAGUUCCUCACAUUGUUUACAAAAUUACCUCAACAGAGUUUUGUAGAAUAAAUGAAACUGAUGUGUUCGGUAAUAGUACUCUCCAUCCUUGUGAAGUAUCUACCACAUAAGACAACAAAUAUUACAACGAUGCUAUUCAAGACAUUACAUACAUGUCUACUUUACUUACAUCAUUUGUAUUUGAUGGACUUGUUCUUAAAAAGACAAUUUUUAUAUUUCCCAAUUUGAUAUAUUUUAUGAACGUUUCAGAGCAGAACUUGUGAUGACAGUUUUCAUCUGAAUAAGUUCUCUCCCUUUAAAAAUUGAAGGAUUUUUCUUGACUUGAAAGGAACAUUAUUUCAUAAAAAAGGCACUUCAGUGUAUAUGUACAUGGUAAAAGUUUGUGUUUAUAUAUGGAUAUACAUGGAAUGUACCCAAAGGAUGGUAA